AAUUAAAUGGCUGAAAAUAAAUGAAUUUGAACAACAACAGUUUGAGUCUAGGAAUACAUAUGCCGCACGCACACUUCUUUCUUCAAGAGCCACAAAAUCGAACGUCAUACAAACUUUGUACCAAAUAUGGGCCAAUCUACUUUCAUAAGUUGCUAUUAAGGCGAAUUUUUCACCAGCAAAAUUCUUCGCCAUAGACAGGAGCAAGUCGUAAUCACUUGGUGCUACAUACAAUACAUCUUCUUCUUCUUAUAUCUGGCCUUCUUUAAAUGAUUCCAAACUUUUUUUUGCUUAUAUGACGGUGGUCGAUGGUUUUCAUUAUUAAGUCCAUAUUUUCGACCAUUUUCCUUCUUUGACAUCAAAAUUACUGGAACGACCGUGUAGUGCUCACCUCUGUACUUAAACGAGGGUAAACGAUGAAAAAGACACUUACACAUGCCUCUACUUAUCUCAUUACUCGGAAGCUAAAAAGCGUUUCUUUAGAGAAAACCCUCAGUUAUUUUUUUAAAAUUAUCACCAUAUAUGGGUGCUUAGAUUUUUACUUCUACUUUUGAUUUGUUUAAUUUUUCAUUUAAAAAUAAUUUUAUACACGGGGGUUACGCAUUUAAUUUCAGUAAUUAAAUUACUGAAUACUAGUAAAACACGUUAAAAUAUAUCUUGAUAUAAAUACAAGUAUAUAUUAUAAUUAUACUUUCAUUUUGAAACUGUAAUCUCGAAAUACGGUCACCAAGUCAUGCCGGAAGAACCAACUUUAGUUUUACGUAAAAAGAAGAAAACACAUACUUAUGUGAAAGUAGCGAAAGAUGAAGACGAAACCGAACAACCCAAAGACCUGGACGCCUUUUUACGCACACAAAAAAGUGAAAUCUCUUUGCCGGAAAGUAUUAAAUCAAGAGCGGGGCGUUCAUUUACAGCUGAAGAUGGCCGUGAAUCAGAUGUUAUGUGGCGAAUAUUUGACGACACAAUGUAUGAGAGCGAUUAUUCAACUACGGAAACGGAAUCCAGUGUAUCGGGACAUGCGAUCCCAGUAAUGGAGAGUAUGUAUGUUGACUUACUACAAGUUUAUGGAGGUAUACCAGAUAUCGACGAGGUUUCCGAAGACAUAGACUCUCGAAAAAGUGUUCGCACUAUAGUUGAAGUUGAACAGCGGCCUACCGACGAAGGAAUAUUUGUGGAUCCACUUACUGGUGAUACUUUAAUAGAGCGAAAAGUGCCACACAUUCCAACUGAUGUCGUACCCGAAGUUGGAGAAAUAGAAGACGAAGAAGAGGAAGAAGAAACUGAACCAGUGGAAUUGCAACCGGACAUCUCGAUGUCUGAAGAUAGUGAGAUACUACAAUUAUUGGAACUCGAAAAAAUGGAAAAGGAAGUAGUAACCAAAGAAGUGCUUCAAGCAGAUUCUUUAGACGAUUUUUUAACGAAACUAAAGGUGACUAUAGACGAGAAACCAAAUUUUAUGCAGCUAAAUGUAGAAAAGCUCGAACGUGAAAGAAUACAUCAAAUAAUGAUGACGGAAGCUGAAAAUUUCUUAAAUACCCUAAUCGGAGAGGUUGUGGAUGCCGUCGAGUAUAAACAACCUAUGGAAAUAUUACGUAAUAAUUUAGAUAAACAUGCUGUGAUGGAAGAAAUCCUAGAGAAGGUGAACGAAUUAGAAGUGGAGCGUACCGUACGUGCCAUCCUCAAUCGCAAAGCUGUCGAAUUCUAUAAACGUAAAAGAUUCUAUCAAGCGAUUACAGACGAUUUACCAGAUCAAGUUAUGGAGUAUAGAGAAAAGCUCAAUUAUGCCACGAAACAGUUGGAUCGGGCACUCGGAUUCGAACAUGCGAUGAAAAAGAAAUGGGAACUCGAACAAAACCAAUUAAAUGAAAAGCUCACGAAGAUGCAGGAAAAUGCAAAAGAGAAAGAGGACGAAUUUAAAUCAUUAGUACUGCAGUCGCUUGUAAAAAACAAAGGAAAUUCCGAAACAAUUAUUUCGAAUAUUUUGAAUGAAAUGUUUACAACAUAUAAUGCAGUGUGCAAAACAUAUCUCGCUCUCAUCCAAAUACAACACACGAAAGCAGAACUUCAGAAGAAAGACGAUUAUAUAGAAUACGGCAAGGGACUGAAACAAUAUGUGAUCUUACAAACGGAAACAAAAGAUUUGCACAAAAAAGUUGAAGAUCGCAGCGUGGAAUUGGGCUUUGUUCGUGCGCGUUGUAAUCGGGAUAUUCAUGCGCUCUCAAAUAUAAAAGUCAAAAGCGAUAUUGUGCGCAUUAUAAACGGCAUGAAGAAGAAGACGCUUGCCUGUUUGUUGGUGGAUAAGAAAGAAUCUCGCGAGAAAUUAGUUCACUUGAAAGAAGAACACCUGCGUUUACAGCGACAAAUACGAGAAUUAACAUUUCAAACUGGUUUGUCCAGCAAACCGGUGCUGUUGAAAGAUUAUGAUUCCACCGUUGAACAAGCUGAACUGUUGGCUAAAAAUAUUUCGGCGUUGCGUAAGCAGAAAAAGGAGUUAUUGGUUAAAAUAGCUAAAAUUGAAACAAAGUGUAAAGAAAGGGAAGCACGCGGCUCUCAGAAUCUCGACCUAAAAUACAGAAAAUUAAGUAAUACGCCAAAUCUUGAAGAAAGUCAAAGUUCUACCGAAUCAUACGCUGAGCUGCUAACGGACAUUAAUAUUUAUGAAACAAACGAACCAUUUUUGAAAGAAGACAAUAAUGAGGUCUCAACAGAUUUCACUUCGGAGACGAUUGAAGACGAUGAACUGUUAGCCUGUCCAAGCAAUUAUUUAGAAACCGAAACGAAAAAGGAAUUAAAUUAUGAAGAUAUUCAUAAUAUAACACUGGCAGAUGACGAGGAAGAUCCUAACAAACCCCAGAUGUUAUCGCAAAUACAAGAUUUAAUGAGUGAGCAGAUAGCGUCUGACACGGUAUUAUUUCUCAGUGCACUUAUUGAUGAAGUGGUAGACAAAUACGAAUUUGAGCGAAAGAAACGCGUGUAUCUAAUUAAAAGUGUAGGCAUGUUUUGUAACAGCAAAGGACAAUAUCGGGUUUUUGCUGAAGACACUCCGCAGAGCAUUGAGGCACUGAAGCAAAACUACCAAGAUACUUUAAUGAAACUCGAUAUAAGUUUAGAAAAAGAAGAAAACCUUAAAAUAAAAGUGCAAAUGAAGAAAAUGGAGCUUGAGGGCAAGCUGUCAUUGCUACAGAAUAAAAACGAUACAAAAUUGCUGGAAUUGGAACGACUCGUUGAAGAAACCAUUGGCAACAAAAAAGAGCACUUAAAAAUGAUUGUUAAGACCGAACUAAGUGCCAUGAGCAAGCUACGAGAUGAAGUAUCGGCACGACGUUGCGAGUUGAUCCGAAAACAGCAUACGCAUAUCGUACUUAAGGAGAAAGUAGAGAAAUUCAGAGAUCUAAGCGACACCGUGACGUUUUCUGACUAUGAGCAAAUGUAUGGUUAUGUUCAGGAGUUGGAACAGAAAAUGAGAGAACGUAAUGCUCGAUGGGACAGAAUGAAAUCACGCUUCCAUAAGGCUCUGCAUUUAAAGGGACACUACAAGGAGCAGCAGACUUCACUACAAUCGAAAGUUAAAAUCCAAAAAUCGAUACUCCAGCAAUUGCACCGGGAAAUGCAUACUACUCGGGAUAUAGUUUCAAAACUGAAGAGAGAGCGAACGCGCAUAAAAAAGCAGAUUUCAAAAGUGCAUAUCGAAUCUAGCUUAUUCGAUAAGCCAGCAUUAUUAAUGGACUACGACGCGACCUUAGAGAAAAUAACCAAGGCCAAAAUAGAUGUGAAGUAUUUGCGUCAGCAACAUGAUAAUAUUAUAUGUAAAAUAGCACAACUUGAACAAACAUAUUUUCAUUGCUAUAUUAGAAUCAUACAAUUAUAUUUUGUAAUACCAGCAUUUAACAUGGAGAAAGACUCCGUUAGAAUUGUAGAGGGGGAAGAUCUCGCUUCUCAUAAAAAAGAAGAUUCAAAGUACAAUUUUCAAGUAGGGAAAUCAGUGCUUAAGUCUAGUAAAGUAUUGGAGCCCGAAGCCCUGGAGGAAAGGAUAUCGAUUGAGGAAACGGCAAAAGUCACAACUGUGUUUGAAGUACUUGACGAAGAUCUGUUGAGCAACGAAUCUGAAUCAACAGUAUCAUCGCAGGAUGUGCGAGAAAGUGAAGAAUCAUCUGAGGAUUUUUUUGAAAAAUUAGGCACCCUACCAGAUUUAGAUGCAAUUGCUCAAGAACCACAGAUAGGCAAAGAUAUUGGUUCAUUUGUUGAUCCACUAACCGGUAUGAUGUAUGAAAGUACCGAGGAGGGAGAAGAGGAGGAUGAAGAAGGAAUGGUUGAGGAAGAAUCUUCCACCACAGAAGAGGAAGAUAUAUCUGAAGAUGAAGAAUUAUUGGAAUUGUUAAAACGAGAUGAAGAGGUGGAAGCGCCAAAGGUAGUAGACGAAGCAGAGGUUUUCGAAACAUUUAUGGAAAUGGAGAAAAAGCAAGUUAUUGAAGAAAUAACAGAGUUCGAUUGGAUUGCAUACGAGCGUGAAAAGGAAUUAAAAAGUAUAGCGGGGGAUACGAUUAUAUUUCUUAAAGAACUAAUCAUAGAGGUUGUUGAAAAGUCUGAAUACGUCGAUCCAAAUAUUUUCUUAAGGCAACAUUUGGACAAAGCCUCACUUAUUGAGGAGAUAACCAAAAAAAUGAAGCUGCUUGAGGUGGAACAGAAGGCUCGUAGCUUUCUCAAUCGGCGUGUUGCCGAAUUUUUCUAUCGUAAAGGGCAAUAUCGUGUCUUUACCGAUGAUCCACCAGAAACCAUAGUCGACGAAAUUAACAAGCUAAAAGAUGCCACAAAUAAAUUGGAUCAAAUACUUUGCCGGGAGGAAGAACUUAAGAGUACGACUCAACAAGAAAUUUUUAACAUACAGCAGGAUGUGUCCGUAUUGCAAAUAAAAAAUCAAGAAAAACUGCAGGAGUUCGAACAACUUGUGAAAAAGUCUUUAGCUAAUAAGGGUGAGCACUUAACAUUGGAGGUCGAUAAGGAUUUGCGAAAGAUGGCCAAGUUACGUGACGAAAUCUCAGAUGUGCGGUAUAUUUUAGUACAGAAACAACACUCAAACGCCACAUUAUCGGAGCAAAUGAAGAAACUAGAGAAUCUUGGCAACAGCUUCCAUAUGCGCGAAUUUGAAUCCUUGCAAAAUGAGUGUCAAGCCUUGGAUAAAAAAAUUGAAGAACGCAAUGCUGAAUUGGUUCGGUCACGUGUGCGCUGCAAUGCCGACUUACACAUUUUGGGUCAUCUAAAGGAGAAGCAAGCUAUGAUUCGUAGCAAGAUAAAAAUUCAAAAAACAUGUCUAGCUAUGUUGCAGUCACAAAAAUAUACUGCACGAAAAUGUAUUUUCGAUUCCAAGAAGCAACGCUCACAAAUGCGCAUGGAAAUCAAAGAACUGAGCUACCAAUGCGGCUUACUCGAUAAGCCGGCUCUUAUGUUGGACUAUGAUAAUACGGUGGAACAAAUCAAUAUUGUCAUGGAAAAAGUGGAUAAACUACGAAAUAAACACGAUGAAAUUCUACGUAAAAUAGUAAAACUCGAAGCCAAAUGUUUGUAAGCUCGUAACUGUGCAUAUUGCACCGACCUUAGAUUAAUCAAUAAAUGAUUGCGAAAUCAUUUCAAUGAUUUUUAGUCAA